AUGUCCUUCAUCAUCAGCGUCCUCUUCCCCAAUGACGAGGAUGCUCAAUACGACAUCGAAUACUACGUUCAGAAGCACAUGCCGAGAAUUGCAGAGGAAUGGGCCAAGUACGGAGUAACAGGAUGGAACGUCCGAGAAUUUGCUCCUGGACCCGAUGGCUCCAAACCGCCCUAUGCAUUCGGUUCAGAAACGUUCUGGACAAGCAAAGACAAGCUCAGUGAUGCUUUCACGGGGCCGGAAGCUGCGGGAAUUAUGGAAGAUGUGAAGAACUUUAGUAAUAAGCAACCCAUCUUUCUGUAUGGGGACGUGAAGGGCGGGAAGUGA